CAAAGAACAAGACGAGUAAUUUCCCAGCUAUUCCUUUUCGCACAAGCCUUAAUAAAUCCAAGAUGGUUAUAUUUAACAUCCUCCAAUUCAUCCUACAUAUGGCAUUAGGUUGGCUCGAGGACGAUUUUCCGCCUGAAAAACUUUUUCGAAAUGCAAGAAUGGGAAAAAGCAUUGUAGAGGCUAAUUUAUAUCGUGGGUGCAGUCCAUGCUUGUCCAAUCCAGGCCCAACAGGGCCAUGGCCCGGUCGCGCAUACAAAAUUCGAGACCCGGAGACCGAGAGACAGAUUACACUCGUGAAUGGAGAGCUGAAGUUAGAAAAAGACAUGGGCAACCGGGGAGGAUAUCACUGGCUAUGCAUAGAGACAGAUGGGUACCUGGGAUUUCGGAACCCUAGCAAUAACAUGCACAUAGGCCAUAACAACUGGGGUUAGUUCGUCGCCCGGGAGAAUCACCACUGGGCGUGGGAAUUCUUUAACACGAGAGCACAUCCGGAUGGCGGCCAAUUGCUGCUGACAGUUCAUGGCAAUGCAAUGCGGAAAAUGGCACUUCAGAAGGGCACCUAUAAGCUUAUAGAGACUAGGGGUGACGGCACAGCAUGGGAAUUUGUGGAGGUGGCUACUUGAAGUGGUUAUGAAUGCAUAUGAGGUUAAUACUAUGGGUUGACCAUCCUAUCUAUCGUUGAGUAUACAUACAGAAGUGAUGCGAUCUUUGUAUGUUGAGGGAUCUCUGUAUCAGAACAGAACGCACAAAUACUUUGAAUCACGAUGAAUUAAUAUGUCUAUGAACAGUUAUAAGAGUAGUGGAUUCUUCUAUAAUAGCAAUGAUUUGCCAACUUAAUAUAUAAUACACAGGUUAGAAGGCUUGUGAGGUUAAACUGA